GUAGUCUGGCGGAGGUGUUCACCUGGCUGGGCUUCAGGGUGCUCGCGUGCAAAGACCAAACCAGCGACCGGAUGCGUCAAGUUUUAAAAUCCUUUGCAUCCCUCGGCGCUGGCGCUCAGCCUCAGGGGCUCAGCGUGGAGGAGUGGUCCGAGGUCGGCUUCACUGCUCCUCAGCAGGAUAUCAAACACGGUGAUGCUUUCUUCUGCUGCAUCCUGAGUCACGGGGUAAAUGGGUCCGUUUUGGGUACUGACUCGAAACCUGUUAACAUUAAGGAGAUUACAAGAACCUUCAAGGCGACUGAAGAGUCGGCCCUCACUGGAAAGCCCAAAAUAUUCCUGAUCCAGGCCUGCCAGGGAAAUGGCAUACAGAAAGGCGUGCUGCUGAAAGA